GCUCGUUUCCGGCGGCGCUCCAAGUGACGUAGCGAGCGCGCCGCGCGGCGUGAGCCGAGGACGGUACGGGGGCACAUGGAGGUCAGCGGCAGCUCUCGCGGCUGCAGCCAGGAGGGGAGGCCCGGGCACCUGCCGUGCGCCGGCCGCGGGGUCGCCCCGCCGAGCGAGACGGUCCGAGCGGCCGGAGGCCGCAGCAGCGGGAUGUGCGACGGAGCCUGGGAGGAGCUGACGUGUCGCCUGGGCGUGGAGGCAUGAAGGGUGAUUUCCUGGGGCUGUGGAACCACGUGCUAGCCGUCUUACCUGCCGGCCCCUGCCCCCAGCCCCCGGCCGCCAUGGCAGCCCGCCUGGUGAAGCGAUGCGCUUGCCUCCUAAGGGAGGCCACCCUUGUGCCCCCUGCCGCGGCUCCUGCCGUGGCUCCCGUGGGUCGACUAAGACUUGCCCAGGUCGGCCGCGGGACUCUGACCUCCUCAGCUACCUCGCCCAGUUCGCACUUCCCACGUUCCUUGUCAGGGCUCCUAGAGAAGGAGCACGUGUUCAGCGCCAGGCCGCAGCAGCAGGAGGUGGACCGGCUCAUCGAGAAGGCCUCCCGGCCAGAGGAGCUCCUGGAGCUGGUCAGUGGUGGUCACCACCUGCACGAGAACCACGCAGCCCUCAUGCUCAUCCAGCUUUCCCGCCUGCUCUCUGACAAGCCGGAACACAAGGCCUCACUCACGCAGGAUGCCCGCUUUCAGCAGCUUCUCCAGCUUGUCAACAGCCAGAUAGCCUCGGUCUGGCACGGACCCCUCGUGAGGCUGCUCCGGAGCCUCUACGCGCUGGCGCUGCCCGUGGCCUGCAAGCAGCUGCAUUCGGUGGAGCAGGAGGUCCGCUGGCGCCUGCGCAGGCUCCGGUACAAGCACUUGGCCUUCCUGGCGGAGUCCAGCACCACCUACAUGCAGCAGCGGGGCUCCCAGGAGCUGCUGGCCGAGCUGCUUAUGAGCCUGGAGCGGCGCUGGGCAGAGAUCGAGGACAGCCGCACGGUGGUGGCCCUGAUGGCGAAGGCGGGGCCCCUCUCGGAGCCACUGAUGAACCGCCUGGAGGACAAGUGCCUGGAGCUGGUGGAACAGUUUGGGCCCGAGGAGCUGCGGAGGGUGCUGGUGACGCUGGCCGCUCAGAACCGGCGGUCGGUGCCCUUGCUGCGAGCCGUCUCCUACCACCUGGUGCAGAAGCCCUUCCCCCUGACGAAAGGCGUCCUCUUGGACCUGGCGUACGCCUACGGCAAACUCGGCUUCCAGCAGACGCAGGUGUUCCAGCGCCUGGCCGCCGACCUGCUGCCCCUCGUGCCCAGCCUGACGUCCGGCGAGGUGGCCCGCUGCGCCAAGUCAUUCGCCCUCCUCAAGUGGCUCAGUGGGCCUCUGUUCGAGGCCAUGCUGCAGCACGUCUUGGACAGAGCCCAGACCGUCCCGGUGCCGCACCUGUGCAAUGUGCUUCUGGCCUUCGCGCACCUCAACUUCCGCCCAGAGCGUGGGGAACAGGAGGAUCAGUUCUUCAGCUUGGUUCACGAGAAGCUGGACUCCGAGCUGACGGGGCUGCACCCGGCCCUGCAGGUGGACGUGGUGUGGGCGCUGUGCGUGCUGCGGCAGGCGCGGGAGGCAGAUCUGCGGGCUGUGCUGCGCCCUGAACUGCACGGCCAGUUUCUAGAGUCCAAGUCCCCGAAAGACCAGGGCACCUUCAGGAAGCUGCUGCACGUGAACGCCAGCGCGCGGCUGGAGCACCCCGGGUACGCGGGCCCGUGUCUGCCGGCCGCGGCCCUGCUCCCCCGGCUGUCCGCCCUCGAUGGGAAGGUGACCCCCUUGCAGAAGGAGCUGCAGGACACGCUGAAGGGGCUGCUGGGGAGCAGCGACAAGGGCAGCUUCGCGGUGCCCACGCAGUACGGCUGGGUCCUGGACGCUGAGGUGCUGCUGGACCCCGACGGCCAGUUCCUGCCCCUCAGGAACUUUGUGGCCCCUCAUCUCACCCCGCCAUCCGGGAGCCAGCCGCCGCCCCCAGGAGCCAAGAGGCUGGCCUUCCUGCGCUGGGAGUUCCCCAGCUACGGCAGCCGGAGCCGAGACCUGCUGGGGCGCUUUGCGCUGGCCCGGCGCCACGUGCAGGCCGCUGGCUUCCUGGUGGUGGACGUCCCGUACUACGAGUGGCUGGAUCUCAAGUCUGAGUGGCAGAAAGGCGCCUACCUGAAGGACAAGAUGCGAAAAGCUGUGGCAGAGGAGCUGGCCAAGUGAUGUGUCCUGAGCCGUGGACUGUGCUCGCGGGGGGCCGGGCUCUCCGAAGCCUG